UCAUUGGAUAGUCACGUUGUAGUGUGUUGCGUUGGGAACUAUACACGGGCUUGGGACGUAAAGAGGCUGGAGAAGUAGGAACUACUAGGUUCUGCCGCAUCGUGUGCGCCGACCGUUCUAGCUCGUGCCUUUUCUGGCUUUUAUUAAUCGCGCUGUGUCAAUUAUGGCUGUCGUGGCCUCGCCCGCAGUUCCCGUCCGCCUCGGUGCGGGUGUCCCCGCAUCCGCGCUCUCCGCCACGCCGCAGCGCACCGAAUCCGCCGUAGUCGCCUCUCUCCGCGAAUACCCACGCGUUGCUUCCCGCGCUUUCGCCAGGCGUCCCCGCGCGCUUACCAAGCGGCAUCCACAGUCCCUAUCGCGGCGCUACGCAGUGCGCACACGAGCAGCGGGAGACAAUGAGCCGAAAUCGAAUCCCGAAUCUGCGGAUUCCGCAGCACCAGCGUCCAGCCGCCCAAGCAAGGCCGACGUCCCAUUGGCUGAUCCGGUCGCCGCCGACGAAACUGCGCAGCAGCUUCAGGCCGUGAAACAGCAGCAGCAGCAGGAGCAAGCGAGCGAAGCUUCCCAGCAGCAGCAGCUGUCGCUUGAAGAUGUUAACCCUGUCGAUCUGGGCCGUCGAUCCCGCCAGUUCCUCGACGAUGUGUGGCGGAGAUUGAUCCAACUGGGCCAGCUGGCGCGUCCGGCGCCGCAGGAUGCGGAGGAUUAUAACGAGCUGGUGCGCGGGGGCUUGGACGCCGAUUUCGGCGUUCCGAGCGCGCAAUUCACGACUGUGCUUGUAGCGGGGGCGACGGGCCGCGUCGGGAAGGUGCUUGUAAGAAAGUUGCUCCUACGCGGGUACACCGUGAAAGCGCUUGUGCGAAGCGCGGACCCCGAGACGCUCGAGCAGCUGCCACGUGCGUGCCAGGUGGCAGUCGCUGAUUUGGCAGACGAGGCGGCACUGCAAAAGGCGGUGGAGGGGUGCAAUAAGGUCGUCUUCUGCGCCUCGGCUCGCUCCGCAAUGGCCGCGGACCUCCAGCGCGUGGACCACAUGGGCGUAGUUAAUCUCUCCAAGGCGUUCCUAGACUAUAAUCACCACUUGGCGCAGCGGCGCGCCGGCCGCAGCAGCAAGAGCAAAGCGCUAGUGCUUCGACUUAGUAAGGAGCGGUACCAGGAGGGGUGGGAGUUAGGGGAGGGGCGGACUAUUAAGGACGAUAUAGACCUCCGGUACGGGGCGGGAAUGGAUGCUGAGUUUAGCAUCUCGGAGGACGGGAGAGGCGUGUUCUCCGGAUACGUGUUCACUCGGGGGGGAUACGUGGAGGCGAAGAGGAGGAUUUCGCUGCCGGAGGGAUUAUCGUUUGGCCGCUUCGAGGGUCUAGUGUUCCGCUUUGCGUCGGACGGCAAGCCGUACUCGCUGGUGCUGCGAGUGGCUAAGGAGGGAACGCGGGUGGAGAGAGUGGGGGAGGAGGGGCAGGCGGAGAGCGAGGAGGAGGAAGAGGUGGAGGUGGAGGAGGAGCCGUACGAGUAUGUAGCUGUGGUGAAGACGAGGAGGGGACAAAACACGAUCCGCGUGCCCUUCUCCGCGUUCCGCCCAUCAUCCCCAUCGGACCCACUGCUUGAUCCCAGCCUUGUCUCAUCCCUCGCCCUGCGCUACGAGCAGCGCCGCGCGAAACCGUCUGUGGCAGCGCCACUGCCGUCAGGCCGGGCGGCUUCCAAACUCGGAGCAGAAGGAGACAAGGCCGCCGCCCCUGCCGACCCAAACAGCUUCAAGCUCGCCCUGCAAUACGUCAAGGCGUUUCCUGGAGGGGAGGAGACUGACUUUGUGUUGGUGUCGUGCUCGGGUGCUGGAGUGCCGGAGGAGAGCCGCGAGCGAGUCAUCAAAGCCAAGAUGGCGGCAGAGACCCACCUGCGCAACAGCGGGGUGGGGUACACCAUUGUGAGGCCAGGGCCUCUGCUGGAGGAGCCAGGUGGCAGAAAGGCGCUGGUGUUCGACCAGGGGAACAGGAUCACUCAGGGCAUCAGCUGUGCUGACGUGGCGGACGUAUGUGUGAAGGCCCUGCACGACCCCACGGCCCGGAACAAGAGCUUCGACAUCUGCUAUGAGUAUUCUGACAACUCUGGCCUCUAUGAGCUGGUGGCUCACUUACCCGAUAGAGCCAACAACUACCUCACACCCGCACUGGCGCUGCUUGAGAAGAACACGUGAAGCCAUGCCAUGGGCAUGGCAGAGAGAGGGGAGGGGGGAGAGGGGGGAGAGGGGGGGGGGGGGGGAUUGGGUAGGUUCAGAGGCAUAGACGAGGGUUCUCUGCAAAGCUGUGUAUUUCAAAGCCACAAGGCAAUGCCUUCAGGCCGGGGGAACCUUUGCUUGCUAUCACUGCCUGUCCUGGACUGCCCCUCAAGCUAUAAAGAGAGGAACAUGCCUUAACAGUGACAAGGGAAUGCCGGUUGGUUGAUUUCAGGUGGCAAGGUGAAGGUAAGCCAAUUACUGUAACAUACAAUAUUGUUGCAAACUCAGUUCAGCACCUUCAU